UAUAUUGUACGGGACCCGGGGGGCGGCCGCACGGGCCGCGGCGGGACGGGGCGAGCGCGCGGCCCCCGGCGGCUGCCCGAGCAGCGGCCGCUUGAGCGACUCGGCCCGCCGCUCCCCCCCCACCCCCGCCCGCCCGGCGCGCCGGAGCCUCACAGCCCGAGCUCACGCCGAGCGGCGGGAGAAGAGGCGCUUGCGGGAGUCGGAGCGAGCGAGCGGGCGGGCGGGCGAGCGAGCGAGCGCGGCGGGGAGAUGUGCCCGGAGGAAGGCGGCGCGGCCGGGCUGGGCGAGCUCCGCUCCUGGUGGGAAGUCCCGGCCAUCGCGCACUUCUGCUCGCUCUUUCGCACGGCGUUCCGCCUGCCCGACUUCGAGAUCGAGGAGUUGGAGGCAGCUCUUCACAGAGAUGAUGUGGAAUUUAUCAGUGAUCUGAUUGCCUGCCUGCUUCAGGGCUGUUAUCAGCGAAGGGAUAUCACGCCUCAGACAUUCCACAGCUACCUAGAAGACAUUAUUAACUACCGUUGGGAGCUUGAAGAAGGAAAGCCCAAUCCUCUGAGGGAAUCCAGUUUCCAGGACCUUCCUCUGCGAACUCGGGUGGAGAUCCUGCAUCGCCUCUGUGAUUACCGGCUAGAUGCAGAUGAUGUCUUUGAUCUUCUCAAGGGUCUCGAUGCAGACAGUCUCAGAGUGGAGCCUCUGGGUGAAGACAACUCAGGUGCACUCUACUGGUACUUCUAUGGGACACGAAUGUACAAAGAAGACCCAGUUCAAGGAAGGUCUAAUGGCGAGCUGUCCUUGAGCAGGGAAAAUGAACGACAAAAAAAUGUCUCAAAUGUUCCUGGAAAAACAGGCAAAAGAAGAGGAAGGCCGCCAAAACGGAAGAAAACUCAGGAGGAGAUUAUAUCUAGUGAAAAGCAGGACGGAAAUUCCUUGGCACCUGACCUACAGACAAGAAAUGGUUCCCGAGGGCCAGGCCAAGGUACUUGGUGGCUCUUGUGUCAAACAGAAGAAGAAUGGAGACAGGUCACUGAGAGCUUCCGAGAGAGGACCUCUCUGCGAGAGCGGCAACUCUACAAGCUCCUCAGCGAGGACUUCCUGCCUGAAAUCUGCAACAUGAUUGCCCAGAAGGGAAAACGUCCACAGCGCACAAAGCCAGACUUGCAACAUAGGUUUAUGUCUGACCACCUGUCCAUCAAAUCCAUCAAGCUAGAGGAGACCCCCAUGCUCACCAAGGAAAAACAGAAGCGCAAGGAGGAGGAGGAAGAGCGACAACUGCUUCUCGCAGUGCAGAAGAAGGAGCAAGAGCAGAUGUUGAAAGAGGAGAGAAAGCGGGAAUUGGAGGAAAAGGUCAAGGCAGUGGAAGAUCGAGCUAAGAGGAGAAAGCUGAGGGAGGAGCGGGCGUGGCUGUUGGCUCAAGGCAAGGAGCUACCCCCAGAACUUUCCCAUUUGGACCUGAAUUCUCCUACGAGGGAAGGAAAGAAGGCCAAGGACCCCUUUGAACUGGAUGACGAUUUUACUGCCAUGUAUAAAGUUCUCGAUGUGGUAAAGGCUCACAAGGAUUCCUGGCCUUUCUUGGAACCUGUGGAUGAAUCUUAUGCCCCCAACUAUUACCAGAUUAUUAAGAUCCCCAUGGAUAUUUCAACCAUGGAGAAGAAAUUAAAUGGAGGUUUAUAUUGUACAAAGGAGGAAUUUGUAAAUGACAUGAAGACCAUGUUCAGAAAUUGUCGAAAAUACAAUGGGGACAGUAGUGAAUAUACCAAGAUGUCUGACAAUUUAGAGAGGUGUUUCCAUCGGGCCAUGAUGAAACAUUUUCCUGGUGAAGAUGGAGACACAGAUGAAGAAUUUUGGAUCAGAGAGGAUGAAAAACGGGAAAAAAGGAGGAGUCGGGCUGGUCGAAGUAGUGGAAGCCAUGUUUGGACUCGCUCUAAAGACUCAGAAGGUCCCAGCAGGAAGCUGCCACCAGUGGAGAAUGGAGGAAAAUCAUUGCCCCCUGCACGCCGAGCUGCCUCCUCAGGGGAUGGUCAGAGGAGCAGUUCUACACAACUCCCUCCAGAGCGGCCAGCAGCACCAGGAACAUUUGGUUCUCUUCAAGGAUCAGAUCCUACCAGCUUAUAUGGCUCCUCUCGAGUCCCAGAGGUGCCCCCGGGAGAGCCCUUGCAGCACCCACCUUUUGCUGUACAGGCUCCAGUUGGAAUUAGUAACCACCGAGGACCCCGGCUCAGUGCUCCUGAAGAGAAGAUGUGUGGGGGCCUAACACACCUUUCCAUGGGGUCACAUCCCCCCUCCUUGCAGCUUGGGCAGAUGAAUUGUCCCAGUCAAGAUGGAAACCUUUAUCCACCCUCUCCAUUCCAGGCAGGAUUUAUUUCUGCUAGGCAUGGUGGGACUCCAGCCCGAUCUCCUGACUUUGCUGAAAACUCAGAAAUUCCUCCUGGUCACAUUUAUCAUUCAUACAAGUAUCUAAAUAGAGUACACCCUGCUGUCUGGAACGGGAACCAUGGAGCUACAAACCCUGGACGUUUGGGGCCAGAUGAGAAGCCCCAUCUGGGGCCAGGACCCUCUCACCACCCCCAUACCCUUGGUCAUAUGAUGGAUGGCCGAGUGAUGAGACCACCUAUCCCACCAAACCAGUGGACUAAACAAUCGGGCUUUCUGCCUCAUGGAGUUUCUUCCUCGGGGUAUAUGCAGCCACCCUGUAAGUCUGCUGGACAUCGGUUGCAGCCACCUCCAGCUCCAACACCAAGUCCUCUGUUUGGAGGACCCUCCCAACCUCUCCGGGGGGUACAAGGAGGGGAAUCAAUGAUGGACAGCCCUGAAAUGAUUGCCAUGCAGCAGCUCUCCUCCAGAGUCUGUCCCCCAGGUGUGCCUUACCAUCCCCGCCAGCCCACCCCUCCACAGUUACCUGGUCCCUUUCCACAGGUAGCUCAUUCAGCAUCAGUAUGUGUGUCAGCCCCCAAGCCUGCCUUGGACAACCCCGGGAGCACACAGGAGACCAGUGGAACCCAAGAGCCUGAGAAUGACCGAGCAGAGCCUUUGUCUGGACUUGAAGAGAAAGCAGCAAGCAUUUGUGCUUCAGGGGGGGUAUACCUCAAGCAGCUACCUCACUCAGUGCCUCCCCUGCAAGCCAGCUGUUCCAAGCAAAGCUCUCCAGAAGAAAGGGAAACGGAGGACCCAGAAGUCAAAAGUGAUGCUGCAGACACUGCAGACACUUACAAACCAUCAAAGAGCAAGAACACCUGGCCUUUGGACAACAGCUACAGCAGCCCAGCUGUGCAAGGCUGUUUGAGAGACCUCUCCAUAGUUGCAGACAGGGGGACUCUACCUGAAAAUGGGGUUGUUGGUGAAGCAUCUCCUUGUAGAUCAGAGGGGAAGGGCCUUGGUGGCUGUGGUUCAGAAAAGCCACUCUGCUCCAGGGGUAAAACAUUGCAGGAAACCAUGCCAUGUACAGGACAGAAUGCAACUACACCUCCUUGCACAGAUCCCAGUUUGAUGGCAGGCACUGUGAACCACUUUUCUCCUUUGUACAUGCCUGGCCUAGAAUACUCUAAUUCAGCUACACAUUACCAUACGAACCCAAGUCUCCAAGGCUUAGGCUCUGUGAUGGGAGGAAAGUCCCCAGGAUCCCAGCCUCAGCCCUUCUCUCCCAGGAGUCUCCAGCCUAAUAGUUGUCACCCUGGACUCUUUCCCCGAUACCACCCCCAACAGGGAAUGAGGUACGCCUAUCAGCCAUCUUCUCAGCCCUCCUACCGCCCUGGCCAGCGGGCUCCGUAUUAUGCCUGCCCACAGGGCUUUUCUGAUUGGCAGAGAGCUCUCCCUUCCCAGAGGAGCCCAAGUGGAGCCCCAGGGAGUCAUCCUCCACGCCCCCUCUUCCCAGAUAAGAAUGCCUUGCCUAGUCUGCAAGGCUGUGAGACACUAAAUGCUGCCUUAACUUCUCCAACUCAAAUGGAUACAGUGGCUGCUAAAGUUGUUCCAUCUGAUGGACAGAAUUCUGGUCCAGAGGAAGAGAAGAUGGAUGAGUCUGUGGAUAGGCCAGAGAGUCCCAAAGAAUUUUUAGAUCUGGACAACCAUAAUGCAGCUACGAAGCGGCAGAGCUCACUGUCCGCCAGUGACUAUCUUUAUGGAACACCACCGCCACCUCUGAAUUCAGGAAUGACUUUCAGCUCACCGGCUUUCCCACCCCACGGUGUAAUGCUGCAGACAGGGUCUCCAUACACUCCUCAGCGUCCAGCCAGUCAUUUUCAGCCCAGGGCAUACCCAUCCCCUGUAGCUGCCCAUCCACCUCCCCAUCAAGUGGCCACUCAGCCCAAUGGCCUCUCUGCAGAGGGCCCUCUCUACUGCUGUCAGGAGGACGACUUUGGUCACGUUCAGGCUGCAGUGAUGGAGCAGACAGGCUCUGGAAGCGGAAUAAGAGGAUCCUUUCAAGAAGUGCACAGACCAUCAGGAAUGCACAUGCAUCCAAUCCAGUCACAGUCUUUAUUCCCAAAGACCCCGGCACCUGCAGCAUCACCAGAACAGUUGCCACCACAUAAGCCCCCGACACUUCCUCUGGAUCAGAGCUAGUCCAAGGAGGAAAUAAGCCCAAGGAAAUGACAGCUGCCCGCGAAGACAGGCAGGCAGGCAGGCCUUGGAGGAUUUGGAGGAGUGACUGUUGUACCUCUCUGUUCUGCCAUCUGCUCCAUCUCUGCUGUGAAUCAAGCCAUCCUCGGAGGACCUGCCUAAGCCUUAGGUGCACGCUCUUGAGAGACUGACAGGGCCGUGGCUGGAGUCGCCCACACAGCCCACAUGCUUAACAAGAGCAAGUGUACCUGGAGUUCUUGCCGACUUCUCUAAUCCCCAAGACUCUUGUUCAGGGAAAAUCACUAAACUUGGGUAGAGGGUGCGUGUGAGGCUGGAGUGGUGCUUUUAAACUCUAAUGAGCAGCUAAUCUCAGGUAUCUAUUUGGGGAGGGACUACUUGUAGUAUUAAUGUUUUUGGAGCUGGGUCCAGUUUACAGAAGCUUCAUGUUGCCUGUGUGUGUGUGUGUGUGUGUGUGUGUGUGUGUGUGUGUGUGUUAUUGUAUAUAGAGUGGGACAGUCAGGUGGGCACAUGGAGCUGGGAGUCCUUCCCAGCUGUGGCAGGCACACAGUACUGGACUAGUCUCUGUCUUUGUACAGUCAGGUUACACUGAAUGCUUAUGGAACUUGGAAAAGAGACCCAGGGGGUUUCGGUCACUGGCUUGUUUUCCUAGUAGCCUCCUUUCCAGCCAGCCUCGGAGACUGCUUGUCCUUCUCAGCAUUCACGUCUCAGUUUGUUGGAAGGUGCUGUCAUGUGGCCUACUGGGUGUUUCAGCCAUUGGACAGGCUGCUCACACUCUGGUGGCCCUAGUUCUAGAUUUGGGAAUGCAUGGCCCUUCCUGAUUUUUCUGCCAUCUCUACCACAUAGUUGUAAACCAGGAAUUUGGGCUCUAUAGAGUGUUUUACUUAUUAGAAAAUAAAGUGGCUUCUUCAUGGGCCUGUUAGGCCUGUGAUCUAGAAGGCAUCACACGCUUUCUAGCACAAAUCACGUUUUGUGAAAGUGACUACUCAGGUUUGUUAUGUAUGUUAGUCUCAAUAAAGAAAUUGCACAGGUUUGAAAAAGGAAAGUAUAUCUUAUAGAUUUAAAUUUGAAUUUAGGACUACUUCAGUAUGUAUAGUUUUUAUUCGGUUUAAGUGAAUCAUAGUAGAUGCAGUCAUGUUGAUUUAAAGCUGUCAAGGGCUAGGUCUUGCAAAUUAUUUGUUAUGUCUAUGAUAGGAAACAAUUUUACAGUAUUAAAUUACAUUACUAUGGAUUAGAAAUUAAUUACACUGGAUUCUCCCUACUUUAGUCUUCUGUAUUUUAUUUUAGCUGAGAUGUCACCAAAGUUAGGACCUAUGUUUAAAUUCUUGAGUAUCCCACACAGAAUAAACCAAGGGAAACGCCCUGGAGUUGCAAGUCUUUGUAAAAAGAUCUAAUUUUAAAGUAUGCUUUGGGGUAAUAGAGACCUCCAUAAAAUACUAAUCUGUCCUAGUUUCUUAGAAGUUUAAGUGUGGGAAGGCGUCAAUGGAAAGCUUCCAUCCAGUUCCAUCUUCCUCAGGAAAGGCAGACUAGUCUGCCAAAUGUGUGAGGAGGGAAGGGAAAGAAAUUGGAAACAGUCCAGGUUGCAGAGAUCACUGGACCCUAAGACACCUGCUUUCCUAAUGGAAGUGACUGCUCACUAACCUGGUGGUGUUGCUGAGGAGGACCAGACAGCACCUCCCAGGUAUGCCAUACACAGGAAGUUUUCUUUCCACGUGAGCUGAACCAGAAGCCUGGCACCUGCAAUCCAGUUUAGAAGAGUAAUGAAGUAGAAUUGUUGGGUGGCUCUUGGUCUGCUGUGGACUAUAUAAGCCAACUUAGCCAGCUACUACAGUUUCUGUGUCUGCCAUUAAUGGUGGAGGCCUGUACAUUUCACUAGGAAUACUGCAACCAUUAGGCCUCUCUGAAGGUGCUAAAACUAGAGGUUGCUAAGCUGCUUCCACCUCCCCAUUUCACCUGUUAACUGUCCUAAGGAAAUGCUGUGAACAAGCUGGGUGCAGUGGCACACGCCUGUAAUCCCAGGACUAUGGGAAGCAGAGGCAGGUGAGUUUGUGAGCUUGAAGCCAGCCUGGUCUACAAAGUGAGUCCAGGACAGCCAAGGCUACACAGAAAAACCCUGUCUCAAAACAAACAACAACAACAAAAAAAAACAUAAAAAAAGAAAUGCUGUGAACAAUACUGGGGACGAAGAAUUGGUGGGUUCCUUUAUCCCUUCUUGGUUUAUGGAGGAAAUUAAACAGGAAAUGGAACUACUUACUGUUCUAACACUGAAAGAAGAGCCUAUUGUGUGCUGUGGAGAUUUGGUGGUGCUUUAGUGCUUACGCACCUAAUACCUCCUUCCCUGGUCUGACCCCAACUUUAUUGGUCUUUGAAAUGCUAGGUGUUCUGGAGCAGCCAGAACACAGUGCUGAGCUUUGUGAGCCCCUCACCCACUCAAACAUAGACAAGAUCUUUUGUUUUUACCUUUCUUCUUCCAGCACUUCUCUUCCACGUGUCUUAAGCAGAUGCAAAUAAUUGUUUGCAGUCUUCUUCAGUAGGGGAGAUGGUGGUUACGCGAUAUGGAAUGAUUAGAAGGAAGUGUGUAAAGGUGUCUUAAAAGAUUCACUCUUGAACUGGGACCUGUACCCGUCGGUCACUGUGACCUUGACCGUGUGCUGACUCUCAGAGGUCCCCCAGAGGACACAGCUGUGCAUAAUUGGAAGUACUCUUUAAUUUAAGGUUAGACUUAGCUUUACCAGACUUAGAACUUAGGACCUUUAGGGCCUAGAAGAAAGAAAAGUAGACCCUUUUAGAAGGCUUAUGGGUAUGUGUCUUUGUCCCCCAACUCCAGCCCCACUGUGAGAGCCUUUUCUUAUUUAAAAAAAAAAUAAAUAAAAAGUAAAAAAUAACAGGAGCUGUUAGCAAAAAUUCCUUGCCUUAGAAAAAUGUGAAUAGGAUAAAAUAUGCAUUUGUUCAUCUUGUAACUUUCCAUACUAUCUCUUAAAAAUAGAGGUGCAGCCACUCUGCCUUCUGAGCCAGAUAGGUUUUGGGGUGAUCUGGUGGUGCACCUAUCUGAGCCUGUGAGCUGCGUCUCAGUUCACACUGAGCCUAGGCCCCAGGCCAGCUGCUCUCAAAGCAUAAACCUCAAAUGCUAGUCCAUAGAGUAGUAAACUGUCUACAGAAAACUUGUAAUUUUAAGACCUACUAUCUCCACCUCUCAGCUCAAUGAGACUUCUCGAUUGCUCUAGCCUUCCUCUUUCCUGGCCAUUUGGUGGUGUUAUCCAAUGGCAUUAGUUUACUGUAUGGUUGUUAUUUAUGUUAACUUGUACUGGAAUCAAAAAGUAUGCAUGUUAAAUGUAGUCUGAAACACAGAGAUAUCUCAGAUGUGGUUCUCACCAGGUUUACUACCAAUAAGACUUCCAAGUCUUAUCACUUGGUCACGCUGAAUGAUAAAUUGCUCUUAAGAACUGACUGGGGUCCUGGGGUUGUAGGUCUGUGGUGGAAUGCUUGCCCAUCAGGUAGAGGGUCCUGUGUUCAAUCCCCAGAACUACAAAAUAAAACAGACCUGAGACAAGUCUGCUGUUAUGGGCCUGUAAUCCCAGUUCUUCAAAGGCUGGGGCCGGAGGAUCACAAGUUCAGAGCAACUUAGUGAGGCACUGUCUCAAAAUGAGGGUAUAGCUCGGUGGUAGAGCAUUUGUGCAGCAUACUUGAGGCCCUAGUUUCAAUCCCUAGUUACCACCAACAACCAAAAAAGAAACUUGAAAUUUCUCGGGAAGGCUUAAUCCAGAGUCUUAAACCCAAGGUCAAAAUCCUCAGGUGUUUCAGAUAACAUCAUUUGGCCUUCUAGCAUUCUUUUACAGUUCCCUCCAUGGCCACAUGCAGAGGCAUUUUUUUCCCUAUUUGUAGCAGUGCUUUAGUUCAAGGGCCCAGCAUGGUGGCAAAGGCUUUUCAUCCCAGGAGGCAAAACAACAAACAGAAGACCCCAAGAAGUAUAAAUGUGGCAGAUGUUGGUUCGCACUUGCUGGUGAGAAAGCACUGCUCUACCUUUUUCUGUUGCAGUGCACUGAACUCUGUAGAGCCUUAGGAGCUGAGGUAGACCUUCACUUUGAAAAGACAGGUUGCAUUCCCAAUCUCAGUGAGGCCGAGCUAAGCUUUGCCUUGGUGCUAAGCUCUUGAUCUUUCUCUGUUGGUCGUCUUGGGUCAAACAUACUCGCUAGGUGAGGUGUGACAGUGAGCCUUCUGGUUAGGCUUAAGUUAGCUACUCUUAUUCCGUAGUCCCCCUUGGAGUUCCAUGGGGACAGCUGAAUGGAUAGUGAGUAAUUUCUUGAUGUGCUGCCUCCCUCCACCUCAUGCUAUAGCCUCUUAGAGCCCCUUCAUUUCUCUGGGCAAGGGGUACCUCUCAUUUGGUGUGUGAACAGCUGCCGGGGUCCCCAGCCAUGCUCCACCAGUCAGCACACAGUAUCAGACAUUGACCUCCUGCAAUGAAAAUGAAUGCCCUAUGAACUGUCAGGGCCAAGACUGGAAGGGGGGAUGGUAUUUAUUUUUAUAUUGUAUAUAUUUUGUCAUGGUCUGCUGGUUCCCUGCUGUUUCACUGAGAGCGACAAUUACCUCAAUAGUUAGUUUGAUACUGUGUGUUGGAUAAUUUCUUGAAAGAACUUUUUUAAAAGCUUUUUUGAUCUUUGGAGAUCUUGUAGAUUUAUUUCCAUAUGUACUGGUUAUUUUGUAUAAAGUACAUUGUUAAAUUAGCAAGGCUUUGAUGUAUGUGCCUGGUGUGUGUUCAUGUGUCACUUUUAUCAUCAAGGCAGACUCCUAUUUCAGCAGAGGUUAAGCGAGGCCCAGUGCUACCACAUGAAAGCAUCCGUCUUCAUCUCACUUCGAGGUCAGGAUCUGCACCAUGAGCGGGACGAAACCCAUCACAGCUAGUCUGUGGCACCCACCUCGGGCCUUUACCUUCACCCAGCUACAGUACAUGGCUGGCGCAGUUAAUCCUUUUCCCUAAGGAGAUGCCCGUGUUUGGCAUUGGCUGCUCUCCUUGCAGUGCCUUUGGUGGGCAGCCAUCCAAGUUCCAGGUAUGGAG